UCACUUCGUUGGCUAGUGGUGGUACCGGGUUAUAUCAGUCCCCGAACCGACCAGAGACUGCGGGGUUAGUAGUUGGUCAUUAGAAUUUGACUGAGAUACCCGGAGUGAUGAUCGUAGUCUGCGCUCGGCAGAGACGAUCACUAUCAGCCAUGAUGCUUGGGGUUGUUUUUCUCGCUGCUACUCUUCUUGGAUCAGUAAGUGGUCAAGGAUGUGGUGGUAGCUGGCUGCAGUAUGGUAACAUGUGUUACCUAGUCGGUGCUCAAAACAGGUUCUGGACGUCGGCCAGAGAGGCCUGCAAAGAUGAACAUGCUGAUCUGGUGGUCAUUCCCUCGGCUGACGUUAAUAACUUCUUGCAGACUGCGCUAGCGUCGACACAAAAGGUGUACUGGAUUGGCCUCUGGGAUCGAUCCCAGGAAUCCUCAUUCGAAUGGGUUGACGGUAGCCCUGUUACCUACACGAACUGGAAGCCUGGCGAGCCGAAUGACGACUUUCCAAUUUCAACUGGGGAGGACUGUGGCGAGAUUGACACUCGUACUGGCGGUAACGGGAAGUGGAACGACCAAGCCUGCGUCGCCUUGAACUACUACAUCUGCUCUCGCUCCAUCAGUACGCCUGUUUACUGCGAUCAGAGCAACGGAUGGCGUUCAGCGAACAACAAAUGCUACCUGUGGGUUACCGACUCGUAUCAGUGGAGCGGGGCCGAGCAGUACUGCAGCCAGCUAGGCAGCCAUUUGGUGUCGUUCACCAACGCGGACGAACAAACGGCUGUGGAGGCGACUACGGCCAGAGGCGGCCUUCCGUAUUUCAUCGGACUUACUGAUAGGGGAUUUGGGCGUGGUAACUACCAGUGGACAGACGGAACAACUUUCAAUGCGGCACUUUACAACAACUGGGACGCCAACCAACCUGACAACCAAUUUUACGACAUUAAUGGUGGAAACUGCGUACAGGCUUCGUACACUGGAAAAUGGACAACGAUAGACUGCACUACCAGUCGCUUUUUCUUCUGCGAGAGAAUACAAGGGGCGUGCGCCCCCGGUUGGAUGUACCACAAUGGCCAGUGUUAUCAGUUGAACAUCAACAACCCCAAGACGUGGACAGAUGCUAAACAUUACUGUGACGCUCAGGCGGGCUACCUCACAACAAUCAUCAAUGAUGCAGAGAAUCAAUAUAUCACUGGUUUGCUCAGCGAUUUCGACCAAGCUGGUGUCUCCGAUAUCUACAUCGGUAUAUCUGAUUCCAUCACGGACAAUACCCUGAAGUGGGUGCAGGAGACCGGUUCCUCGUACGUCAACUGGGCCACCGGUCAACCGACUAUGAGAUCUGGCCAGCUAGAUUGCGGUAGCAUCUACACAGGAGGUACAUCAGGGAAGUGGGAGUCACGUGACUGCUUCAACCUGCAAGGUUUUAUUUGUAAAAUUGCUGCUGGGCAAACUGUUUCCUUAAUUCCCCCCGACAUAACUACGGGCAGUUGUGACGCGGGCUGGGACCUGCACGGCGAUUCCUGCUACUACUUCUCGCCCCAGGAAACCAGCUCGUGGAACAGUGCAGAGACGCUCUGCUCCGCCAUGGGACCGGACACGCAUCUAGUCAGCAUUCACAGCGCCGAGGAACAGUCGUUCCUGUCAGUGCGAGCCAGUUUUGUCGAGGAGAGCCAUUGGAUCGGUCUCCAUGACACCGUCGGGGAAUCUACCUUCACGUGGACGGACGGAUCACCGACUGACUUCUUGAACUGGGGGCCCGGGGAGCCCAACAACGUCGGAAGCGGAGAGGAUUGCGUCCACUUGGAAUCGGCGUUCCAGAAAGUCGGAAUAUGGAACGACAUCAAUUGCGACUAUCAGUACCGAUACAUCUGCAAGAAACCUAAAACUGGUUCUAACGUAAACACACCUGCUCCUCCACCAACGACCGUGUAUGACAUGAAGUGCGGUCUGGGGUGGGAGUACGAAGGGUCAGGUGACCGUUGCUAUAGCUACCGCACCGAGACCAAGAACUGGUACGAUGCGGACACGCAGUGCCGCCUAGAGGGCGCCCAUCUCAUCAGUAUCGCUGACUUCAACGAGCAGCUUUAUGUAUACACCCGUGCUAGCUUCUUGUCCACGGGAGCGGUAUGGAUCGGUGCCAACGAUGUGAGUUUGGAGGGCGGAUUCCGCUGGACGGACGGCUCGCCGUUUAGGUACAUCAACUGGGCCGGAGGUGAGCCUAACAAUGACGGAGUGGAUGGCGAAAACUGCGGGGAGUUAUAUACUGGAGACGGGAAAUGGAACGAUAAUAAAUGUGACACACAGCGUAUGUAUGCCUGCAAACAGAGUGCUUACAUUCAAACAUACUUCAUCCCGUCCCGUUUGAGAAAGCUUGCCCAGUCCGAUGCCACGGUUCUAAACAACAUCUGGCCAGAGGAUUGUGCCGCUGCCUGCGUGCAGAGAUCUACGUGCCGGUCGUUCGACUACGGCCGCAACAACAUGGAGUGUAGACUGAAUACUCGGGACUCGGCAAACGGCCUGAUUCCCACCGACGACUUCGAUCCGUUCGACUAUUAUGAAAGGGAUUUCACAGCCACCACCGAUAUGCCGCCCACCUCCGUCCCGCCCACCUACAACUGCCCGAGCGAUGACUGGCUGCCGUACGGCGAUAACUGCUACCGUGUCCAGCAGAACACGGCCGACUACAACACGGCCCAGACCCUCUGCCAAAUGAUGGGCGGAGCCAACCUGGCCUCCAUCGCUAACAUGAACGAGAACAAUUUUGUGAUGAGUGCACUGAAUCAAGUUCUGACGUACCAAGACGAGCAACGCGCGUGGCUCGGUAUGAGCGAUCUCAACCAGGAGAUGUACUAUGAAUGGCUGGACGGAAGUGACGUCACCUUCACCAACUGGGCCUACUACGAGCCUAACAAUUCUGGCAACGAAGAUUGUGUCGAGAUGUACUUGAACGAUGGUCAAUGGAAUGAUUCGCCGUGCACAGGCUUUAACUAUCCCUCCGUCUGCAAGAUCCGCAAGGGACCAUCGGGCACUCCUCCCCUGAACACAGGAUGUCAGUCGGGCUGGCAGGCUUAUUUAGGUUCGUGCUACAAGUUUGAGACCACCCCGAGAAGUUGGAACGACGCGCAGACGAACUGCGCGAGCAUGGGCGGGCACCUUGCAUCAGUCAGUCACAUAUACGAUGCUGGUUACGUCAGUUCCCAAGUUGGUCUUCAAACCCACGGACAUAAUGUAUGGAUCGGCCUCAGCACCCAGGCUACCGCCGGACUGUACGAGUGGAUUGAUGGGUCCUCGGUCACUUACUCCAACUGGGGACAGUUACAACCUGAUGCUUCCUCGGGUCGGUGUGUCUCGAUCAACUCCGGAGCCCCCGCAGCUGGCUACUGGUACAACACGGCCUGCUCGUCGGCCCUACCCUACGUGUGCGAGUCCAACAGGCCCGGGUACACAACAAUGGCGCCCCCUGGUGUCGUGACCAACCCAACCAAUAUUGGCUGCCAGCCGGGCUGGAUUGGAUACACCAAUCACUGCUUUAAGAUUUAUGAAGCUAAUUCCGACGGAGAGAGGCUGACCUGGAAUGACGCCCGAACCUUCUGCAAGGAGCUUACUGACAACUCGGAGGGUGAUCUGGCUGCUUACCACUCCCCGGAGGAAGAAACAUACAUCAUCAACAGCUUCUUAGCUCAGUCUCCCGACAACGCUUAUGGCUAUUGGAUAGGACUCAACGAUCAAGUCAAUGAGGGGGGAUUUGAGUGGAGUGACGGCAGUGCAGUUGAGUAUGAGAACUGGGGUAGUGGUGAGCCGAACAACGCCGGCGGAAAUGAGAACUGCGGGGAGGCCUUUCUGAACCCCGGCCGGGGCUGGAACGACAUCCCCUGUGAUGCCCAGCGCCACUGGAUCUGUGGAGUAGAAAAGAAUGUUCCUGUUCGUCCACCUACUACACCAUUCACGAAGAAGGGGUGUCCCUCCACUCCAGACUGGUACCUGAAGGGUUCCAACUGCUACUAUGUCAGCCUACUGGCGCAGGAACGUAGAGACUGGAACCAGGCCGAGGAAUUCUGCCACGAGAGAGGCGGCCAUCUGGCUUCCAUUCACAGCGAGGAUGACAACAAUUACAUCUUGAAUCUGAUCGGCGACAAUUUGGUCGGUCAGAGCUACUGGAUUGGGCUUCGAGAAUACGCCGUAGAAGGCGACUAUAAGUGGUGUGACGGUUCGGCUGUUGACUACACCAGAUGGAGGCCCAACGAACCGAAUGAUGGAGGCGGGUCAGAACAGUGUGCGGAGCUCAAGCCUGACGGGACAUGGAACGACGAGAAUUGCGGCGAAGCCGUGCCUUUCAUCUGCAUGAAGUCAGACGGCUCCACAGGCCCGGUCACCCACGCCCCGACCACGCCCAAGGAGGGCGGCUGCAUGGACGGCUGGAUCAAGAUGGGCAGCAAAUGUUACCAGAUCUUCGACGAGCAGAAGGAUAUGAAGACAUUCGACGAGGCCAGACAGGAAUGCAGGAAGUAUAAGGACGGCGAACUGGUGACCAUUCCGUCCCACGAUGUCCAGUCCUUACUGACAGCCCUGAUGUACUUCUACCCCACUGAUGUGUGGAUUGGAUUGAGUGAUCGUGGUGCUGGGCUUCGCUUUUACUGGGUGGAUGGUGGCUCACUAGAAUACACCAACUGGAUGAGCCAAAACCCUAGCCUGUUGGAUGAUGACGGAGACGAGUGUGUGAAGAUGUCAAGGAACCCGAUCCACCCCGGUGUGUGGGACGACGUCCUGUGUGAUGACAAAUACGGCUAUGCCUGUAUGAUGGAUGUUGAUCCCCAAUACGACUACAACCCAGACAUUUACAGCGACUGCAAGCAAGGCUACUUCAGCUACGGCACCUCGUGCUUCAAACUCUUCAACGAUCAACCGCUAAGCUUCGCCGAAGCCAAGGCGAAGUGCCAAGCCGAAAUGGAUGGCAUCUACCUGGCGUCCGUCAAGGACAACUUUGAGAAAGCCCUGGUAGAAACGAUGAUGGCCUUUGAGAAUAUCGACCAGAUGUGGAUCGGUAUGGAACUGGAUAGGACAACACAUCGUUACGGCUGGGUGGACGGCUGGCCUGUGUUGUUUUCGGCAUGGGGCGAGAACGAGCCAUCGGGCGGUGACGGGGAGGGCUGCGUGAUGACAAACGCAGACGGACGAUGGGAUGAUACGCUCUGCACGGCUCAGAAACCAUUCAUCUGCAAGUAUGACUCGACCAAGCCCCCCUCUACUGUGGUCCCACCCAAGGGCUACUGCCCCGACGGCUGGAAGGCGUUCGGUCAAGACUGUUACAUGUUUGAUCCCACCUACACCAGGGGAUCCUUCCAGGACGCCAAGGUCGACUGCGAAGGUUUCGGGGCUCAGCUGGCCAGUAUUCACUCCGAACAGGAGAACUCCUUCAUCAAGGACAAUGUGGCUCCGCCCACCCUCACCUACGGCUUGUGGAUCGGUCUCCAGAAGGGACAACAAGGUUUGGAGUGGACCGACGGUACGCCAGUGGACUUUGUCUUCUGGAAAGAAGGCGAACCAAACAGCGCCAGUGAAAUGUGCGUGGAGAUGUAUCCCAAGGAGUAUGGCCUGUGGAAUGAUGAGCAGUGCACUGAUCCGCAGGAUUACGUCUGCAAAAUGCCGCAAAUGACAAAUUCUACUAAAGAACCCCAAGUUACAAAGUCAGCUCAAACUGGAGGUAUGAACACCGGCGCCAUCGUGGGAAUCGUCUUGGGGAUCCUAGUCCUUGUCCUGCUGGUGGUAAUGAUCGUCGUCUUUGUCCUGAAACGUAACAGCCUGAACACAAAAGCUGCCGACGCCAACGCUGCAUCGACUCCAGAGACACCAGUGGGAUUCGACAACGCCCUCUACAUCUCGACGUCCGAUAAAGCCUCAAUCGUAGCUGAAGCAUAGACUGUAGUAGGGCUUUACGUCUGUUUUGAGUUUGGUCUGUUCUCGCGGCCCUAUCCAAGGUUGCUGGCGACGGCUCAUUUCUGUUCCCAAAAUAUGGUGGACACAUAAAGCAUAGUGAAUUGUCUGUGGCCAUGAUCAGUGCACGUACAUUCCAUUUGGGUAAAUCCAGCAUUAUGUAAAGUCCGUGACAGAGAUCUUAAGAUCUCAGUGAAUCAACCUGAAAAUGUAUUUUUUUUUUCAAAUCUUAUACAUCCGUCCUAUAGUUAUGGUCAAG